UGAUUGGGCUUUGACAGUCGUCAUCUCACUACUCACCUCGAUUGUGCUCCUCGUAGCUCUUAUCUUCUGCCAACUCGUGAACAUCCCUCCGGUAAGGGGAAUCUACAGUUGGAUUUCCAAUCGGUGCUUCAAUGGCCUAGGUCUUAUCAACGCCUGUAGGUUUGCCUUGUGACGCAGUGUUCAAUGAUGGUGGUUUCAACGUGGCUUCGAAGUCUAUCCAGGUCUCUUCACCGCACUCACCGGCGAGCAAAUCGAAUAUGCAAUGCGGGCACUUUCUUCUGCUCCCUUAAGCUCUUUCCCUCCUGUCGCCAGGCGUGAAUUUAAUCUCGACAUUGCAACUCUGCUGCUUCAACUUGCUUCUGUCGUGUAUGAACAUGAAUCGCAACCCAUUCACGGUGUCUUGAAUGAGCUUAGUGAAGCCAGACCAACGAAUGAACAAUUACCUGAUCUUGGAGCCCUCCCCCCUGGGACUUUGGUCGAUUCGCUUUUCGGUCCUGAACAGGCGGCGCCGAUCAAGGCCGCAUUUGAAGCCGGUCGAACGGCUGGUGAGGAUGCAAUCAGGAGGCUCAGCGACUUCAUUGGGCUCAGGUACGAGCCCGUUAGUGAGUUGAACAACAGUGAGGGCGCAUACUGCUCGUUUUUUUGGAAGCCUGGAGGCAAUUGGGUUGUCGUAACGUUCAAAGGAACGACUCCCUUUGAAUUCGCAGACUGGGCGACAGAUUUCACCGUCAACCUCGUCCCGACAGGGGAAUUUUUGCAGGGCCUCGAUGGUCGUAUAAAUAAAGGUUUCAAAGAUAGGCUGUGGGCCUGGGACCCAGCAGGGGAGGCGGGAUUGUUUCCCGACGGUGGAAGAUCUUGGGACACAAUCCGCGUUGCAUUGCGGGUACUUGCGCACGACCUAGCAAAAACCGAACCGGAAGGUGGGAAAGUGAAUGUUUGGUUCACUGGCCAUUCCCUUGGAUGUGGUCUCGCCUCAUUAGCAUAUGCACGCGCGAUCAAUUCGCCGGGUGAUUUCGAGGGCUCGCCAGUCCUGAUUCGUGACGCAUAUCUCUUCGCUGCGCCCGUUUGUGGCGAUCGCGCGACCUCUUUAGCUUUCAAUACCCUAACCGCUGAGAGCGAGUAUGUGAAGACUCUUUGGAGGGUUACGAACGACAAGGAUGCAGUUGCCACAUUACUCCCGCAAUUCGGUGACUAUCCCCACCUCGUGCUUUCUCCUACGAGUCCGCUCGGUUUCGCCCACUUGGGGGCAGAACUCCAAAUGAGGUCCCUCCCGAGAGCAUCCAACGUCACAGGGUCUUUCUUCUCUUUUGACACAGUCGUCGACGUCGUCAGUGAGUUCACGGAAGCUCAGCUCAGAUCUCAGCGCGACGAGCAAGUGAACAACGACGGUGCAAGGACAAGAAGGUUUGUGGAGUUGGUCGCGGAAAUAAUUCCGUUGCUCGGGAGGAUCAUCGCGCAUGAUACUGUGCUUUAUUGGGACCAGCUCAGUCAAAUUUCUCUUGGGACUCUCAACUGGGUCCAUUGAUUCAGCUUGCGCACGCACGAGAAGAGGUUAUUGUAUUGUCACUUGCUUCUAUGGAGAACCGUUUCGUUUUCGCUUCGGCAUUUAGUGCUGGAGAUUUAUGACCUGUUUUUAUUUGGCCCUUG